UGUGACGUCACUAGGCAGGCGGCCAAUCAGUUCCAGAGCCCCUCUAUAAAAAGUUAUAUUCAUCGCGCACAAUUUAUAACGCUUCAUAGAAGCAAAACCGAUCAGAGAAAGGACGCAGGUGAAAGAGCUGGACAUUGCGCACUGAGCUGUUUUGAAGAGAUUUAUUUCUAAGGUGUUAUCUCCCUGAGGCAAAUAAGAAAUGGUGCUGGCAGAUAUCCCAUUUUUUGGUCCUAUCUCGGUGUCAGAGAGUCUGGUGGCUAUUAUAACAAUAUGCACAGUGUAUCUCCUGCUGUGGGUCACUCGCACCAAAAUUCCUGAAGGUCUUCUGCCACUUCCCGGCCCGAAACCUCUCCCCCUCAUUGGAAAUGUGCUGGAAUUAGGACGCAACCCACACCUGAGUUUGACAGCCAUGAGCAAGCAGUAUGGCCCAGUUUUCCAGGUCCAGAUCGGCACGCGUCCCGUGGCAGUGUUGGGCGGUAGUGAGGUUGUACGACAGGCCCUGAUCAAGCAGGGUGAAGAGUUUGCCGGACGUCCUGACCUCUACAGCUUCCAAUUCAUUAGUGAUGGGAAGAGCCUGGCGUUCAGCACGGACCAGGCAGGUGUAUGGCGUGCACGUCGCAAGCUCGCACACAAUGCCCUGCGCUCAUUCGCAAACAUCGAAGGUCAGAGCGUUGAGUAUUCCUGCGCCCUGGAGGAACACAUCAGCAAAGAGGGCCUGUGCCUGAUCGAGAGGCUGUGCAGCGUCAUGGAGGCCAAUGGCGGAUUUGACCCUUUCCGUUACAUCGUAGUGUCCGUAGCCAACGUGAUCUGCGGCAUGUGCUUUGGCCGUCGCUACAGCCACGAUGACAACGAGCUACUGAACCUGGUGAACAUGAGCGACGAGUUCAACCAAGUGGUGGGCAGCGGAAACCCGGCUGACUUCAUUCCAUUCCUGCGCCUCCUGCCCAGCACCAGCAUGAAGAAGUUCCUAGCCAUCAACAAGCGCUUUAACACGUUCAUGAAAAAGCUUGUCAAAGAGCAUUAUGACACCUACGAUAAGGACAAUAUCCGUGAUAUCACAGACUCGCUUAUCGAUCACUGCGAAGACAGAAGACUGGACGAGAACUCAAAUCUGCAGGUGUCCGAUGAGAAGAUAGUGGCAAUUGUGAAUGAUCUCUUUGGAGCCGGUUUCGACACAAUCAGCACAGCUUUGUCCUGGUCUGUUGUGUACCUAGUGGCUUAUCCUGAGAUACAAGAGAGACUGCAUGAAGAGCUGAAGGAGAAGGUUGGAAUAGACAGUACACCGCGCCUGGUGGACAAAACCAACCUGAUUUACCUCGAGGCUUUCAUCAUGGAGAUCUUCCGUCAUUCCUCCUUCCUUCCUUUCACCAUCCCGCACUGUACCACAAAAAACACGUCCCUUAAUGGGUACUUCAUUCCUAAAGACACGUGCGUCUUCAUCAACCAGUGGCAAGUCAACCAUGACCCGGAGAUCUGGAAAGAUCCUUCCAUGUUCAAUCCCGACCGCUUCCUCACCGCUGAUGGCACCGAGCUCAACAAGAUGGAAGCUGAGAAGGUCAUGAUCUUCGGCUUGGGCAAGCGCCGUUGCGUGGGAGAAGUCAUCGCUCGCUCUGAGGUCUUCCUCUUCCUCGCUAUCCUCAUCCAAAGGUUAAAGUUCAGCAGCAUGCCGGGGCAGAUGCCAGACAUGACACCAGAGUACGGCCUCACCAUGAAGCACAAGCGCUGCCUCUUGCGCGCCACGCUGAGACCUGGGUUCGAAACUUCAUGCACGGUGUGAGAGUAUAAAAUGAGCCGUAAAUUCAGCUGUUUAAUUUCAGGGAUGCUAAUGAUGAGAAUCCCUCAUAUUGUUGUGAUGCUGUGGUCAGUAUAGACUCAGAGGAUCUCUUUAGUGCAGUGAGGGUUAUCUCAAUGUAGUGGCUGAAAAUUUCUGACGCUUUUCUGUCUUAAAUGCAGAUACACAUAUUUUCAGAAUAUAGUCACCAAGCUGCCGGAAGAACAAGACAGUUCAUCUUGUGAAACUAACAUAAUAUAUCGGUAAAGAUGCUGUGUCCAUGUCUAGUGAUUUAGUUCACAUCACUUUGGAGUUGAGUUCACUGGCUAAUUCCUGGCUAUAUCUCAGGUACCUUGCUGCAGUGGUUAGAAAACAUCAAUCUGAUUCUGUGGAACGUAUUCAUUACAAAUCAUGAACAAUCUGUUCAGAUGGCAUGGACAGAAUUAAAUAUUUUAGUGCCUUUGUCUUACAGUAAGCUGUAGUUUGAAAAUUAUGCAUUAUAUAAGCCUUUUAGUACUACUGACUGUUAUUUUUGCUAUGAUAAAAUAUAUUAAGAGAAAAAAAUUUGAAAAAGAAUUUUUUUCUUUCUUUUUUUAAUGAUCCAUAGCAUCAUCGGCUUGAUGAUCAACACUGAAGUUAUUUUCAAAAUGAUAUUUAAGCUCCAUCCCGUAAUGUGAUCCAUAAAUUCAUGUGCUGUUUUACUGAUCAGUUUCCAAUGUGCUUUAACUUCUGCUUGUACACAAUGCUGAAGUUUUGUAUCGAGAUUUAUUUAUCGAGGCCUUCAGAGAUAUUGCUUUCAGUACAGGUAAAACUGAUAGGCCACUGUUUUUUUCUGUGUGUGUGUGUGUUUGUGUGUGUGUAUGUGUGUGUGUGUGUUUGUGUGUGUUUAUGGGAAAUAAUGAAGGAGGUGAAUUUAUGUUGUAACUUUCUUGAAGUACAAAACAAAAAUUCAGUCAUUACAGUAAUUGCCUUUUUGUACUUAAUUGUACGUAAUUAAUUAAUUGCCUUUUUGUACUCUGCUGUUGCAAAAGUUUUGGCACAUUUGUAUUCUUUGCCAAAAUAAAACUAAGUGAAAAAAAAAUGUCUACAAAGAACUGUCUACAUUUCUUUUUACAAUAAAUUGGUUUGAAGAGUCCAGUAACAUGUCAAGACAACAAGAAACACCAACCACUUUGAGAUGUUUAACCAAAAACAAAAUGGUGUGAGACGUGAGAUGAAUCAGAGCUAUUGUUUCCAUGCCCAAGCUGGUUAUUUUCCUAUAACAGCAAAAAAGUGUAAACAAAUAACAAAUAAAAAGUGUUUUAUUCCUCUUA